ACUGACUUAUCUCUGACCCUCAACCUCUCUGAGCAUAUCUUAAUUAAUCUUGUAAUCAAGAAUAUAUAAAUCAAAUGAUUCCAUGACAUUGUGGAACAUGCCUCUAGUUGAUAAACUGUAAACAUGAUUUCAUUUCAUUUAUUCAACUGUAUGAUUUAUUCAUCAUGCUGAUGUGAUUUGCCACACACAUUAUACCUUCGCUAAGACUACUACAUCCACCUUAUAACUCUGGGCUGGAUCACACACAACUUAGGAAAUGUUUUAAUGCAAUCUUUAUUAUUCCCUGAACCAAUUUAGUAUUGUAACUGAGCAGACCGUUUUCAUUAGAAACACACGGCUACUGCUCCUCUUAACAUUUAAUACACAAAUGGGUUCCGCUGCUCAGCAGGUGUUGGGUUAUGUGAAACCGGAGAGGCUAAUGGUUACAAAUAAGGUUGUCUGUGAACGUCACACAACCAGAAGCUCUACUAUAUCACCCACAGCCGUCCACAGGCACUGGAGUGAAGGUAUAGGAACCAACGUUAUCGUUGCAGGAAAUCGCUGUGUCCAUGUCUGUUCUCCAUGGAUAAGAGUGUGUUGCGGUUCAGCCACUGCAACAAGGAUAUCUUUUGUUUCUUCGUCCCAGAGGAAUGCCCUGAGUGUGGGAUUAGCUUUAGUGGCCGGAGACUAGAGGAGGCACCCGUUAGCAUACCUAACCCUUUCUCCAAUGGACACAAAUCUCCAUGCUCCUUCCUGGUGGCUCCAACAGAUGAAAACAAACUCAGCAGGGAUUUUGAUGGCGGAUCAGACCUCCAUACAGGCAUCAGCACUUCUAAGGGUGUGGUGUUUAACUACACAAAGACUGGAGUGUGCCGAGACCACCAGGGCUGGGAGCGGUGCCUCAGCAUUCCUCUGGUCCAGCCCGACAUGUACAACCUCAUAGACCAGUGGGACCAGUACCUGGACAAGUUCUCCACUGCCCAGAUGUGGGACACAGUCUGGAAAAGUUUUAAUGAGGAGACCCACAACUGCUACAACUACACUCUCAUGUUCAUAAACUGUGUGUCAGCAACCCAGGGCAAACGUGCCCUUAGCAAAGAUGAGUUCACCAAGAGUUUUGUGCUUCCUCGGAUAAAACGAGCAUCUAAAUACAGCACGCUCUGCAGAGAGAUCUCCCAGAACCACUUCUACAUUGUGGACAGUCCUCUGAAGGAGAGCGGAGAGACAGAUGGUGAUGGCAAGACUUAACACGUGAGGAUUGUCACAGUAAUGGGAGCUUCAUGCUACUUUCAUUAUGCCAUUUCUGAACUUUAACCUAUCAGGGCCAUAUUAAAGUGUAACUCCACCCUAAAAUAGUGGUUUUUGGAGCUGUACACUAAAUGAUAUGACUGAACUAUGAUGAAGUACAUCAAUGCUGGUGUUAAUAUUGACUCUUUAGCCUUUUCCAAAAUGAUGCAGUGGGUGGAAUUAUGGUCAGAGCUGAGGUGGAAGUUACACUUUAAUGCUGCAACCAGACUGACACUGACAAGUGUAUCUGUGCCUCUCCACACUUAAUGCACUGGUUCAUUAUGUGGGAUUUUAAUAACUAAAUGUUAUUACACCAAAAAAAAAAAAGACUUAACAAA